UCGUAGCCUGGUUCAGGGCAGAGGGGGAAAGUUCUGCAGGGUCAAAAACACGGCAACACAACUCUGGAGAAAAAGACCUGCGCAACUUUACAACAAGCAACUCUGCUGCUGCUUUGUUUUUACCCCCAGAACUAUUGUUAUUGAUAUUUUUUAUUAUUUUUUCCUACUUUGACUUGAUCCUGGUCGCUGCAAAGAUGACCACAGCCGUGGUGUCGCCUUUCUUCGACUUCGAAGUGAUGAACAAGAACAACAAAUUUCUCAGCUACAACAACAACCUGAGUGCCCCACAUCACAUGUCUGUCCCUUGCACUGGCGCCAACAUGCCCAUCUCCAAUCCCACCGGAGCCCUGCUGGACAGGAAAGCGGUGGGAUCUCCCUCGGUGGGAGGCGUGUACCAGCGGCGGCACUCUGUCAGCAGCACAAAGUUCAGCCAGAACCAGUUUCUGAACAGCCUGAAGGCAGCAGACCACCACUCACUCAUCUCAGGGGUUGGCAACACCAGCAACAACAAGGAGAUCCGCUUGCGAGACCGCUCCUUCUCUGAGACGGGCGAGAGGCUCAUCAACAAGUGCCUGGGGCCCGCCAGUCCCACCGGCACCAGCGGCAGCAACCAGGUGAACUCCAGCCGAUACAAGACGGAGCUGUGCAGGCCCUUCGAGGAGAACGGCUCCUGCAAGUAUGGUGACAAGUGCCAGUUUGCUCACGGAAUCCACGAACUGCGCAGCCUGAGCCGCCAUCCCAAAUACAAAACAGAGCUGUGCCGCACCUUCCACACCAUUGGUUUCUGCCCAUACGGGCCACGAUGCCAUUUCAUCCACAACGCUGAGGAGCGCCGCGGGCCCCCUCAGCAGAACUCCCCUCUAAACUCUUCCAACAAGAUGGAAAAGCCUCGGCUGCAGCACAGCUACAGCUUCGCGGGUUUCUCCAGCUCAGCUGGGCUGAGAGACAGCCCCACCUCUGUCACCCCACCGCCCAUGUUCUUCCCUGAUGAGGUCUCCGACUGGCCCAGCAGUAACCCCUUCACCUACUCCAGCCAGGAGCUGGCCAACCUGUUCGGGCCCAGCCUCAGUGCCGGUCCUGUAGGCUCAGAGUCCAACAACCCUGCACCUCCCUCUCCAACAAGCACACCGUACUAUUUCAGACCCAUGUUGGAAUCCCCUCCCAUGUUUGAGUCUCCAUCCAGCCCUCCUGACUCGCUGUCAGACCAAGAGGGCUACCAGAGCAGCUCUGGAGGCAGCCUGAGCGGCUCUGAGUCCCCGACGCUGGACAACACCCGCCGUCUCCCCAUCUUCAGCCGCCUCUCCACCUCUGACGACUAAAAAAAAGAAACAAAACAUACCCCGCACGCACCACCCGCCAAUGACUUUUUAAGUUUGAUGACACAAAGAGAACACGGCACUCCCCUCUACCUCUGCUUCCUGUUGUCCCUUAACACCACCGUAGUGGUUCUGUUAGCAUUAUCAUUAAGGGAACUCUCAAAUCAUCAUUUCACCCUUUGUUAAUCUCUGCACAGCAAAACAACAACAACAAAAAAACGCAAUCACUCACAGCAGUUACCCUGCCAGGUGUCAUAGUGCCAAAAAAAGGAGAGGAAAUUGAACAAUGAGAAUCAUGAGAACAAGAAUUGACUGUUUCUUCCCAGGUGCCACUUGUUUAUUUUCGUUUUUCUUCAUUUUGUUCUUCAUUUGUUCUUGAAUGUGUAGCAACACAAGUGGCCUUGGUGAGGGGAGUGCAUUGCACUAGCCCCCCCUCUCUCCCUCUCUCUCUCUCCCUCGACUCCACCCCCUCUUCCUGACAAUACCACUUCCCCUGAGCUAGCUAGAGGGUGCUCACUAACCUAACUGUAGAUCUACCAGCUGUAGCCGUUCUUACAGACUGAGUCAAAGCAAAAGGACAAAAAGAAAAAAAAAAAGAAAUAAUUAACAGACCCUGCAAAGAUAUGAAUAGUUUUUAAGAUUGUAAAAAGAAAAAAGUGCCUGGGUGGUGCAGUUUGUUUGCAUAUGUUUAGGGUGAAUGGACUACUGUUUACUUGGUUCUAUUCUCAUUUCUCCGCCCACCUCCACCCUCCUCGUCACGGUUCAUCUUCUCCCUCCGUCGUUCUCCAGGCCCCAGUCUUAUGUAAUGUGUGGACAGGGUGAGUCUGCAGGAAGGACUGUGAACUGGAAGUUGGUUCUGUUCCCACCUCCUUAAAGGUGUAUCCUCCUGUUGCUGGUCACUGGCUCUAUCAUUUUUGUUUGGGAAGGAAGUCUUUGUAUCUAACUGAUCAUUAAACCGGUAGGACUUUGUCCCACUUCUCUCUCUCUCUCUCUCUCUCUCCUCCCCUUAUCUCCACCGAUCCGGGGAAUUCCAGCAUUCCCAUCAUGCAGUUGUAAAUCCUGCCACUUGACAGGAUCGGAUCUCCAAGCUGUUUCGUGCCUGCUCCCAGGAGCACUCUCUGUGCCCAUUCCACCCCUACCUUCACCCCUCCUGCUCCUUUUUGCUUUCUUCAUAUGAUAAUUAUUUUUUAUUAAUGUUAUUACGGUUAUUAUUAUUUGAAAACCUUUCCAGACAGAAGGUUUUCCUUUGUCACUGCUUAUUUAACUUAUCAGAAACAUAUUUAUUGGUGAUCAUAUGCAUUUUUUUGUUAAUUUUGUUUUGUAUUUAUCUGGAUAAUGAACAAUAGAAUAUAUUUUCUUUUAUGUUAAAUUAUGAUCUUCCAUAUUAAUCUAAAGAUUGUGAAGACGUUUUUUUGUCAGUUUUUUUUUCCUUUUUUCACAGUUUAAUAUAUUGUACUUCAAUGACUUGUUCUGCAACUACACUUUGUCAAAAUGAAACUUAAUUUAAAGCAAAAAAAUGCAAAAAAAAAAAGACGUUUUGCGUUUUGAUUAUUUAUUAUACAUUUUUUCUUUACUCCCUCUUAUUGGACUGCAAUUCCAUAACUUGAUUUGCUUGUAUUCAUUCCUGUUUUUUCCUCUCUAUCCAAACCUUCCAGUAAUCUGACAGUAACAGUAGCUAACUGUUAAAACCUUGAUUCAGUUCCUGUUUUGUUUUGUUUUUUUUUUUGUAUUUUUCUUGGUUCGAUGGUCUAAGUCAGGAUUUGUUGAAGGACCUGUGGUGUCACUGUGUUCAGAGAACUUGCGACUGGUCCAUCUUGGAAACGUUGUUAAAGCCCAGUCUGUUUAUUACAAGCAAUAGCUGUGACCAAAUGGGUUGAGGAAAGUCUGUGUACUUUUAAUUUGUUUUGGAUUGGAUGCUUGACGCACUUGCUUGGCCCCGCCUCCUUCGCCUUGACCAUUGGAAGUGCCUCGUUGAAUACAUUCCAGGUAGCUAAGGCUUCCCCCAAAGCCUUUUAUAUAUUUGAUAAAAUGGAGGACAAUGAAAUAUUAUUUUUAAAUAGAGUCACUUGUUCCCCGUUGCCUUCAUGAUGUUUGGAAGGGGGUGAAACCAAGUUUUUGACACAAAGAAAGUAAAACUGUUGAAUGUAAUUUUUUUUUUCAGCCUUGUUUUUUUUUCACUACAGUAAUUUCUGUGAGUUUAUAUGAAAACCUGUUUUUUUCCCUCUUUUGUAAGUAUUGAUUGCAGUUAAGUCAAUAAACCCCAUAUUUUUGGAAACGUUAAA